AUGCCCCGACAGGACUCAGCGGUCAUGGCCGGCACUCUGACCCACCAGGGCUCCCCUAACCCGGGCUACAGCCCCAACAACAACGCCGUCCCGGUGCCGGCCAUCACGCAGACGGACUCCAGGGACAAAUGGAGCAAAAAGAUGGAUUUCCUCUUGUCUGUCAUUGGCUUUGCGGUGGACCUGGGGAAUGUUUGGAGGUUUCCUUACGUAUGUUAUCAAAACGGUGGUGGUGCUUUCCUCAUUCCCUACAUUUUGAUGGCCAUCUUCGGUGGUGUGCCGCUCUUCUACAUGGAGCUGGCACUGGGGCAGUUCCACAGAACCGGAGCCAUAUCCAUAUGGAAACACAUCUGUCCUAUUUUCAAAGGUAUUGGAUAUGCCAUCUGCAUCAUCGCUCUGUACGUGUCCUUCUACUACAACACCAUCAUCGCCUGGGCCCUCUUCUACUUCUACUCCUCUUUCAACAGCGUAUUGCCUUGGACAAGCUGUGACAACGUGUGGAACACCCCCGACUGCACCAACUACUUUGGCAUAGACAACGUCACCUGGACGAAUUCCUCCAGGUCUCCUGCAGAGGAAUUUUACACGAGGAACGUUCUUGAGAUCCACAAGUCGUCAGGGCUGGAUAACGUUGGGAGUGUUCGCUGGCAGUUGGUGCUCUGCCUUUUUCUCAUUUUCACCAUCGUGUACUUCAGCCUGUGGAAGGGCGUGAAGACAUCAGGAAAGGUAGUGUGGGUGACCGCCACUUUACCCUACAUCGUUCUUUUCAUCCUCCUGAUUCGAGGAGCCACUCUGCCAGGAGCCUGGAGAGGCGUGGUGUUUUACCUGAAGCCCCAGUGGGGGAAGCUGCUGGAGACCAGUGUGUGGGUGGAUGCUGCAGCUCAGAUAUUCUUCUCACUGGGGCCAGGGUUCGGGGUCCUGCUGGCUCUCUCCAGCUACAACCCUUUCACUAAUAACUGCUAUCGUGAUGCCAUCGUGACAAGUUUGGUGAACUGCUUGACCAGCUUCGUGUCCGGGUUCGUGAUCUUCACAGUGCUGGGCUACAUGGCAGAGAUGAGGAAGGUGGAGGUCGAGGAUGUAGCCAGGGAUAAAGGACCAAGUUUACUCUUCAUCACGUAUCCGGAGGCCAUCGCAAACAUGAUGGGCUCAACCUUCUUCGCCAUCAUCUUUUUCGUGAUGAUGAUCACGCUGGGACUGGAUAGCACUUUUGGUGGGCUGGAGGCAAUCAUCACCGCUGUGUUGGAUGAAUACCCGGAUCAUUUCUCAAACAGACGGGAACUUUUUGUUCUGGGCUUGGUCAUUGCCUGCUUUUUGGGCUCUCUGAGCACCCUUACAUAUGGUGGUGCGUAUGUGGUGAAGCUGCUGGAGGAGUUUGGAGUCGGAUGCUCUAUUAUUGCUGUGGUUUUCCUUGAGGUCAUUGCAGUGUCCUGGUUCUAUGGCAUCCAGAGAUUCAGCAGGGAUGUUGAGGCCAUGUUGGGCAAAGCUCCGGGUUUAUUCUGGAAGGUGUGCUGGGUCGCCAUCAGUCCUGCAUUUCUGGCGUACAUUAUAGUGAGCUCCCUGCUGAAGGCGCCGCCGCUCACACUGUUUGAUUACAAGUACCCGGACUGGAGCAUCAUAGUGGGAUACCUCAUUGGCUUCUCGUCCUUCAUGUGGAUCCCCAUCUACAUGGUCUACAAGCUGGUGUGGACCCCUGGAUCCCUCAAACAGAGGUUGGCGGUGUGUCUGAGACCGGAGAGGACCAUUCCAGACAUCCACGCUGACAGCCUCAACAUGGCCUCUGUGCCAUAG